GCAUUCGCCGCGUGAAUUGUUUCCUUGAGGGGGUGGGGGGUCUACGCCGCUUGAGCUCAAGCGGGCGAGGCGACAGUGCGGCGCCAGUCCUCGGCCCCGCGCCCUUCUUUCUCGGUUGUUCGGCUGCGUGACUCUCCUCCCGUCGGCGCCGAAGGGAGCCUGGUUCUGGGCGGGCAGAGAGCUUGAGCCCACUGGGAAUGGCAGCCCCAUCUAUGAAAGAAAGGCAGGCUUGCUGGGGAGCUCGGGAUGAGUACUGGAAGUGUUUAGAUGAGAACACAGAGGACGCUUCUCAGUGCAAGAAGUUAAGAAGCUCAUUUGAAUCAAGUUGUCCCCAACAGUGGAUAAAAUAUUUUGAUAAAAGAAGAGACUACUUAAAAUUCAAAGAAAAAUUUGAAGCAGGAGAGUUCCAGCCUCCGAAAACGGCCGCAAAGUCCUAGGCUGUUCCUGAACAUUUCAGAAAGGUUGAAAUUAUUUUUUCUGGACAUUCAGAAAUGCUCUGUGGGACAACAGUAGUUUGAAUGAUGGCAAACACCAAUGCUUGUUCCAUAUAUACAACUCUUAAUUUAAAUGGUCAAGUAACAAGAUUCCAUUUUUCAAAAGACAGACUUGAAAUAAAAUGGUAUGAAAUAUGCUUAAUUGAAUAAAAAACACAUAUUUUAAGAAAAAAAA